UUCCAUAACCACGUUGCCUGCCAGUCUAUCAGCUACCUGCCUAGGUACCACUUUUUUCUGUUGCUUUGUUUACACCAAUGUAGCAUUCUGUUAACAGGAGAUUUCUUUGAAAACCUCCAUCGGCUGAAGACCUUCAACUGUACUUUGAUGGCUUCUGAAACUUUCUUUUUACUGAGCCUAAUUAAUGUUUCAUACAUUUUAUGUCUGCAGCCAGAACUGAAAGCGAAUGGGGUUUGAAUUGCUUUGCCUCUUUUUCCUAUUUCUACAAAGGAAUAAAAAUGUACAAGGAAAUUGUGAUUCAGGGAGUGCCAUGAAUUGUGAAGAUUGUUUGCUCUCUGGACCAGGCUGUGGCUGGUGUUUUCAAGAGAAUUUCACCGAUCCAUCUGAAAUUCUUAAAAGGUGUGACACUCCUGAAAAGCUUAUUUCAAAAGGAUGCCAGCUGAAUUUAAUUGAAUUUCCCAUUUCCAGAGUAGUGAUCCAUAAAAACAAGCGCCUGAGUGACGGGCCAUGGAUAAACAGUUCAGAAGUUACUCAGAUUUCUCCUCAAAAGAUUACUGUUUUCCUGCGGCCAGGAAAUGAAGAAACUAUACAGAUCAAUGUUCAUCAGACUGAAGAUUAUCCGGUUGACCUCUACUACCUCAUGGACCUUUCAGCUUCUAUGAGUGAUGACCUGAAUACCAUAAAGGAACUGGGGUCUACCCUGUCAAAAGAGAUGUCUAAGCUCACAAGUAACUUUCGGAUGGGCUUUGGGUCUUUUGUUGAAAAACCAGUUUUACCAUUCAUCAAUACUCUGACAGAAGAUCUACAGAAUCCUUGCCGAAAAAUCCCAUAUGAUUGUUUGCCAACAUUUGGAUACAAGCAUGUUCUGUCGUUGACAAACGAUGCGGAAAGAUUCAAUGAAAUUGUGAAAAAACAGAAAAUCAGUGCAAAUUUAGAUACUCCAGAAGGAGGAUUUGAUGCAAUUAUGCAGGCAGCUGUUUGUCAGGAAAAAAUUGGCUGGAGGAAUGAUUCAUUACAUCUUUUAGUGUUUGUGAGCGAUGCUGAUUCUCAUUUUGGGAUGGAUAGUAAAUUAGCAGGAAUAGUUAUUCCAAAUGAUGGAAAAUGCCACUUGGAUAAACAGAAUGAAUAUUCCAUGUCAACUGUUUUGGAAUAUCCAACUUUAGGACAAUUGAUAGAGAAGAUUGUGCAAAACAAUAUUCUGUUAAUUUUUGCAGUCACCAAGGAGCAGGUUCAUUUGUAUCAGAAAUAUGCUGAACUUAUUCCUGGAGCUACUGUUGGAAGAUUGCACGAUAAUUCUGGAAAUAUCCUCCAGUUGAUUAUAGAUGCAUAUAAGUCGCUCAAGUCUGAGAUAGAGCUGGAGGUGUUGGGAGACACAGAUGGACUAAAACUUGCUUUUACUGCCAUCUGUAGCCAGGGCUCUGCCUUUCCACGCCAGAAGAAAUGCUCUCAUAUUAAAGUUGGAGAAGUGGUCACUUUCAAUGUGACUUUAACGUUAAGCCCUUCAGCUUGUGGUAAAAGGAGAAGGAAAGUCCUAAUCAAACCCACUGGUCUAAAUGAAGCAUUGGAAAUCGAGAUCCAGCCCGAAUGCAGCUGUCAGUGUCAGAAGGAAGCAGAGGUGAAUAGCUCCAAGUGCAACUCCGGGAACGGCUCUUUCGAGUGUGGGGUAUGCAUCUGUAACCCCAGCUAUGUGGGUCCAGACUGUAAAUGUAGCGAAAAAGAUGCACUGAGUACAGAGCCCUGUAAAAGAUUUCCAGAACAGAUCUUGUGCAGCGGAAGAGGUGACUGCUAUUGUGGACAAUGUAUUUGCCACCUUUCAGCAUAUGGAAAUAUUUAUGGGCCAUACUGUGAAUGUGAUGAUUUCUCUUGUGGGAGAUUUAAAGGGCUGGUCUGUGGAGGUAAUGGUGACUGUGACUGCAGUCAGUGCAUUUGCCACAGUGGCUGGACAGGCGAAUUCUGCAACUGCACCACGGACACUGAGAGUUGUAUGUCUAAUGAUGGCAUCAUCUGCAGUGGGAAAGGCAAAUGCGUGUGUGGAAAAUGUGUGUGCACAAAUCCUGGGGUUUCAGGCAACAUCUGUGAAAAAUACUCUACCUAUGAUGAUCCUUGCAGCUCUAAAUGGAGCUGUGUGGAAUGUUAUCUGGCUUCUGCUGGUCAGCUGCAUCAGGAAGACUGCACUGAAACAUGUAAAUUGGUCGAUGCGGUGAUCAGUCAUGAGAAAGAUAUUAUGGAAGAUAAAUGGGUUCCCUGCAUGCUACAAGGGAAAAAUGAAUGUGUUGUCACAUUUCUGAUGGCAGCUGAUGAACAGGGAAAAGCCAUCAUUCACAACAUAAAGCAGAAAGAUUGUCCACAACCUCCAAAUAUUACAAUGAUUGUGUUGGGUGUUUCUAUUGCAACAGUCCUCACUGGGAUUGUCUUACUUUGCAUGUGGAAAUUGUUUAUUUCAUUUGAAGACCGUAAAGAAGUUGCUAAAUUUGAAGCAGAGAGAUCAAAGGCCAAAUGGCAAAUGGGAACAAACCCCCUCUACAGAGGCUCCACAACAACUUUUAGGAACAUAACAUACAAACAAAAGGAGAGGCAACCUGGUAAUGCUGCCGAUACAUACUAAUAUUUCAAAAUUACGAAGAAAACGGUCCUGGAAAUAUAAAUAAAGGAAGUUUACUCUGUUUUGUUCUCUAUUUCUUUGGAUGGACUUUGUCAAACUACUAUGGUGGCAUGCAAGUUUUACAGUGAGAGCAUAUGUGCUUUUAAAAGUUGGGAUGCUUUGGAACCAUGGAUGGAGCUGAGCAGCAUUGGAGAUUAAACAACAAAGAACCGUCUGGGCGUUCAGGGAUGCACCAAUUGAGGACGACAUGAAAAUAGUAUCUGGCGCAAUUCUGCUGCACUGAGUUUUGGGAAUUGGGCUGAGUGACCUUUCAGAGAGCCCCUUUCAAGCGUUCCCUUCUGAUCUCACAGUGAUUCAAGACGUUAGAGCAAACCACCUUUUCAAUCUCUGCUAAGGAACAUGGUUCAGCCAGCCUUGCCAGUCCCAGCUCAGCAUUUUACUGCAAGGCUAAGAUAUGCCCCCAUAGCAUUUGCACCUUAAAUAUCACCCAGAGAAAGAAACAGAUUUCAUUUUUAAAAGAAAGAAAACUUGGGAGAGAAAAGCAUUCAUGACUCAUUAAUACAAUAUCCAGCAACUAAAGCUGUAUUCUUAACCAUGGCGCAAUAUUAGGUAUUUUGUUUAGAAGUCCCAUGAAGUAAGCCGAGACAAUUUCCUAUGAAAUGUGUAGCC